UUCAUAUUUUACUACAGAAAAGCUUGUAUAUUUACAUUUCAAUGUAUAUAUAUAUAAAAAUUAUACAGUAGAUAUAUGUAUGUUUUACGUUGGUUGGAUAUGCAAGUUAAAGUUUACUUGAAUUCCGAGCCAUUAAUCUUAAUCCAUACUACUAUGAAUCGCUUAACGAAGAGAAAAAUGGUUUAUUUUAGUUAAUAUUUUUCUUAUAUCUAAUUUCAGGUACAAAUAUGAUUGAAGAGGAUUUCGAGGUUUGUAUAAAAGUCAUAAUAGUCGGCAACGGUGCCGUUGGAAAAAGCUCUAUGAUUCAAAGGUAUUGCAAAGGAUUUUUUACUAAGAAUUAUAAAAAGACUAUAGGAGUUGAUUUCUUAGAGAAGGAAAUAGAAAUAGAAGAGGAUUUAUUUCGUCUUAUGCUAUGGGAUACUGCUGGACAAGAAGAGUACGAUGCAAUAACAAAAUCAUACUAUAGAGGUGCUCAAGCAUGCAUUAUAGUAUUUUCAACUGUUGACAGUGAUUCAUUUGAAGCUGUACCAAUAUGGAAUCAAAAGGUAAUCGAUGAAGUGGGUCAUGUAAAUACUGUGUUAGUUUUGAAUAAAAUGGAUUUAAUAAGAGGCGCUCUAGUAACUGAAUUGGAUGCUGAUAAUUUAGCGAAGAAAAUGAACAUGAAAUUAUUCAAGACUUCUGUAAAAAAUAAUGAAAAUGUUAAUGAUAUUUUUACAUAUUUGGCACAAAGUCAUAUGCAAUUUAGUAGGGAGAAUGCGCGAAACUCAUCACUAUCCCAGUAUCGUUACGUUCAGGAAGUUGGGGAUGUCGACUUGGCCGACGAUGAGGACGAAGAUGAGGAAAAAGACGACGAAGAAAAUUCAUGCAAAGUCAAGAAAGAAAAGAAAAAGAAGAAAAAAAAGAAGAAAAGUAGCAAUAAUAAAAAGCUCUCUGUUACUUUUCAUCCUACACAGCAUAGGCUUAGAAGGAAAUCUAGUCAUUCACCAUUUAAAUGUUUUAACUAAUAAAAAAUGUAUUGAAUGUCGUAAAAAAUGAAAAUAAAGUGGAAAAAAUGAAAUUUUAUUUAAAAACAAUAUUCUAUGUUUAAUAUGAAUUUCUUUUAAGACAAAGUUUAUAUCAAUGAAG